GUCACGUCGUCGCAAUGUACCGUCUGGUGUUCUUCCUGCUGGUGACCAUACAAGAAAUAAAAACACAAAAUACCGAAGCAUUCCGUUAUCCAGAAACUGGACCAUUGUUCUACCGCAGAUCGACUCCGUAUCAAUGCACAAUAUGCGACGCUUACGACUGCCUUAAAAUGGACGACGCGAAAUGUGAAUACUACAGGGCGAUCAACAGAAUGCUGCAAGUUGAGUGUCAAGAUAAAGUGGUAACCAAUCCCGCGAUUAAAGCUGAAGUAGACGAGUUGUUAUACGAUUUAACUAUAAAAGGUUCGUUGAUAUAUUGGCAUGGCUAA